AUGCGUUCACCCCACUUCCGCCCCGCGCUCCUCCAAAAAGUUCUACAACACACCUUUGCCGACUGCAAGAGCACCGCCGCGCCCGCACUCGUCAGUAUUCGCCAUCCCAUACCCCGACGCCUCCUCUACGCCCGCUCCCUACCCUUGAUUCAUGACGAUAUGGGCAAAGAAGACAAGUCCAGCAAAGGUUUCAACCUGAAGGUGCCAAAGGGCACGCGCGAUUGGACUGGCGAAGAUGCUGCCCUCCGCGACCGCCUGUUCCAGACAGUGACCGAUGUGUUCAAGCGCCACGGUGCCACAACGCUCGACACGCCCGUGUUCGAGCUCAAGGAAAUAUUGAGCGGCAAAUAUGGGGAGGACUCGAAGCUCAUCUAUGACCUACAAGACCAAGGCGGAGAGCUCUGCUCGCUGCGCUACGAUCUGACGGUUCCUCUUGCGCGAUGGCUUGCUAUGAAUCCAAGUGUGCAGAACUUCAAGCGCUACCAGAUUGCAAAGGUUUACCGCCGCGAUCAACCUGCCAUGACCAAGGGUCGCAUGCGCGAGUUUUACCAGUGCGAUUUCGACAUAGCAGGUUCCUACGAUGCCAUGAUCCCUGACGCAGAAGUGCUCAAAAUUGCCACUGAUGUUUUCGAUGCGCUCAGCUGGGAAUCAUACACUAUCAAGAUCAAUCAUAGAAAAAUCCUCGACGGCAUCUUCAAAGCCGCUGGUGUUAAGGAGGAGCUGAUCCGCCCCAUUAGCUCCGCAGUGGACAAGCUCGACAAGCUGCCAUGGUCCGAAGUAAAGAAGGAAAUGGAGACCAAGGGUUUACCUUCAGACAUCGCAGAUAAAAUUGGCAGCUGGGUGCAGCGAAAGGGCGGCGAUGACAUUAUCGAGUUUCUCAAAACAGAGGAAACGCUUUCUCGAUCUGAAGACGUUGUCAAAGGUGUCAACGAUAUGGAGUUGCUAUUCGCGUACUUGGAUGCCUUUGGUGCUCGAAAGAGGAUCUCAUUCGAUCUGACUCUUGCUCGCGGACUGGACUAUUAUACCGGGGUCAUCUACGAGGUCGUGACAGAAGGAUCGGCGCCCCGUACAGAUGGCAAGCAACAAGAAAUCGGUGUUGGUAGCGUAGCAGCUGGCGGCCGAUACGAUGAAUUGGUCGGAAUGUUCAGUGGCAAACCCAUUCCUUGCGUUGGCAUUUCUUUCGGUAUCGAUCGCAUCAUCAGCAUCAUGAAAGCCCGUGGUCAGUCUACCCAGCGUGCCAAGGAUGUUGAUGCCUUCGUCAUGGCUUUUGGUGGCAAGGGCUUUACUGGUAUGUUGACUGAGCGCAUGCAAGUUGUCCAGGAGCUGUGGGCUGCUGGGAUAAAGAGCGAGUUCUCUUACAAACUCAAACCGAAACUUCCUCAACAGUUCAAACAAGCAGAUGUGGCUGGUGUUCCGCUAGCCGUCAUUCUAGGUGAAGAGGAACUGAAGGAAGGAAAGGUCAAGAUCAAGGUGCUAGGAAUCAAAGAUGAGAACAACCCCGAGAAAGAUGGUGUGCUGGUCGAGCGGAGCAACAUGGUCGCCGAAAUUCAGAAACGACUGGCUGACUCCUCUUGA